CAGUGUCUACCCUAGAUUUGGGGGCUGUGGCCCUGCACAGUGAGCAGGGCUGGGAGCACAAACUCUCUAAGUAGUGUCCAGGGCAGGACAGGACAGGUAAAGUAACUAUGGCUCAUCCACUCUGGGGGGAAACAACGGUCACUACAUCACCACCCCAAAGUCCCCAUGAGUCUAUCUCACUCCCUGCCAUAGCACAUCCCAGUUUCCUUAGACUGUGGUUGGCCCUUCUACCCACUCUGAUCCCCUUCCACCCUAGCCUACCCUACACUUUAUCCCCAGUGGAUUUCUUUAACACCACUCUUGCUCCUGGAAUGGGACUUAGUGGCAAUUCCCAAAUAUCUCAGUUCUUUCAAAUAAAGAGAAUGAGGUAUUAUGUGGUUUUCUGCCACCACACCUUUAAGGUGGGAGUAUUCCAACUUUCCCAUCUAUGUGUCCCUUCACAUGAACAUAUUGACAAUAUAUAUCAUCACAAUUAUAGCUAGUAUUAACUGAGCGCUAUGUGCCAGGCGUGUCAGCCCUUUACAUUCAUCACCCUUCAUCCUCACAACCCUUUGGGCUAGGUAGAUUAUUAACCCUGUUCACAGUUGGGGAAAUCCUUGGCAAAAGAGGGAAAUAACUUGCCCAAAACAGAAAAAAAAAGAAAAAGAAAAAAGCUGGGGAGAGGUACAAUCAACAUUUAACCUCACCAGGUCUAAUGCCAAAGCCCAUGGGGUACUUUUUUUUGUUUUCCAUCUUUAAUUUGUAAUAUUUAAAACCUACAGAAAUUUGCAAGAAUACACCCAUAUACCGUUCAUCUAGAUUCAAAUAUUAACAUUUUACUACAUUUGCUUUAUCUUUGUGCAUACGUGUGUGUGUACAUAUAAUAUAAAUGGUUGGUAUACACAUUUUUUUUCUGAAUUUGCGAGUAAGUUGCAGGUGUGAUAACACUUCGCCCCUAAAAUGUUUCAGUACCUAUCUCCUACUAACAAGGACGUUCUCUGUAACCACAAAAUGAGUAGCACACUCAGGAAACUUAACAUCCACACAAUAUUAUUUUCUAAUAUACAGUCCAUCAUCAAAUCCCCACAAUUGUCCCAAUUGCUGGUUUUUUUUAAAUCAAGGAUCCAAUUAAGUAUACAUAUUGAAUUUAGCUGUCGUGUCUUUUUGGUGUCCUUUAACAGACUUUUUUUGUAUUUAAGUACAUUGAUACUUUUUUAGGAGUUCAGACCAGAUUUUUGUGGAAUACUUCCUACUUUGGAUUUGCCUGAUUAUUUCCUCAUAACGAGAUUCAAGUUAAACAUUUUUGGCAGGAAUACCACAUGGGUAACACUGUCUUUCUCAGUGCAGCACAUCAGGGCACAAGAUGUCAGUUUACUGGUGGUGGUAUUAAGUCUGAUGACUCGGUGGCCCAUGUUUCUUGCUACAGCGAACUGCCUGCUGUGUGCCAGGCACUAUGCUAGGCUUUGGGGGGUGGGAAUAGGGGCGGCAUAGAGAAGUGAAUGAGCCACAAGCCACAAUCUUUACUUUUAGCAGUUCACAGUCCAGUGAGGAAGUACCUACGAACAGAUUAAACAUGUGAUAAACACUUAAAGCAACUGUACAAAGGGCUGUGGUCACAUUGUAGGGCAGGGGGAUUACACCACUGAAUGGGGUGAGGCAGGGUGCCCGGGGGAGAAAAGACACUGAGAGAUGAGAUAAUAUUUAAAUGGAGUUCGAAAGAUUUGAGAAAUAGUUUAACAGGUAGAAAAGGAAAUGAAAGCCCUGAUAGGUAGAGGGAACAGCAUAUGCAAAAGUAGGAGGUAUGAAUGGCAGCUCCUCACCACACAGAGAAGAGUUCAGUCUCUUGCUGCCAAGGAGGUAGGUGUGUGUAUAAAAGGGCCUUUCCAUCUCUGCCAUUUUCCGAUAACUAAUCCUAAGAACAAGCCCUGCCUCUAACGUGGGCUUAAGUGAGUUUGACAGUUCACCAUAGGCUUUCACUUUCUUUUCGAUUAUGCCUCACCACAGCCCCCCUAGUUAGCCAGACAGAUAUGGCUUUUGCACUUCUCAGAUGAGGAAACUGAAGCCCCAGAGAUAAAGUGGCCAGCUCAAUUCACAGGCCGGUAGAUGUCAGGGCUGGGGCUCAAGAAUGGAACUGGAAUGUUCUAUUUACCUAGGAGAUCUGGUUGCUCAGCACUUGGAAUCCUCUACCUCCAAAAGGCCAGACGCCUCACCAGUCCCUCGUGUGCCACAGAAGACACAAGAGUGACUCCAAGCUCCACUCCCCCAGCGUGCCUGUGCUCCCCUCAUGCCCAGGUUCCCUCUGGCCCCACCAGGAGAAGAAGAGGAUGGCCUACGGAAAGUCAAAUAUCUUGGAGGUUGGCAGAUCGAUGUACAAGUACCCAUGGCUGGAAUAUCCAGAAAGGGCCAAAGAAUUCCGAAAGGCCAUGGCUCCUGUUCGCCUGCCCUUGUCCUGCUACCAGAAACCAAAGGAAGAGAUUCCCCCAAGUCCAGAGUGCUGGAGGCAGCACCCGAGCAGGCCAAACUCAGUACCUUACUGCUACUUCAAGAAGCCUGAGAUCUACACGCACUGGCGUACCCUGUAUGAUCAGCGACAGGAACGGGAGGCCCAGAAGAUGUUACGGAAAACGAGAGAUCACCCUAGGUACCUCAAAGGGGCUGCUGCCAUACAAAAAUUCCAUCUCCCCAUGAGCAAGUUGACUAUAAAAUCUGAGGUGGCAUCCAAGGUCUUAGACCCUACUGGGGACCCCUUGAAGUGGCAAAGAUUAAAGGAACUCACAAGAAGCCUGAAAUCUCCCAGAGAGGAUGAGCAGCUCUAUGCGGCACAGGCUCUAGGGAGCCUGGGAAUCAGCGACAAGUUUGUCAUGGACGCACUAUGGCAGGUGGCCCAAACUGGUCCAGAGAAAGUGAAGUAUGAGGCUUGUCGAACCCUAGCCAUCCUGGGUUGCCUGAAUAAGUACGUGAUCCAGGCUCUCAUCAAGCAGUUGAAGGGGCAAAAUGAGGGGCAAAGGAUGGAUACUCUGACAGGACUGCAAGCGGCUCUGAACUCCUGGGCUGCUGUCCCCAAAGACAAGAGGACUCAAGUUGGGAACGAAGGGAAGUUGGUACCUGUGCUGCAGACGCUGAUAAAGAAGUCAUCAAAUGAAGCAGCCAUGGAGGCAGCCCUGUGCUUGGGUUUCCUGAGGCCACACAACAAAAUAGCCCGAGAGUUCUUGCUGCAGUCCCUGUGCCAAGGGCCCAAGACCCAGAGGAUGAAGGCACUUAGGAUGCUGGUCAAGAUGAUGCAUGUACACUCAGCCGCAGUCAUCACAGCUAUCCUACACCAGCUGUGCUACUCCAGUGUCCUUGAGCACCGCUUUGAAGCCACCCAGAUGCUCAAGACCAUUGGGCUGGAACAGAUCCAAGCACAGGGGCUGGAGGGACUCACAUUUGACUCGCUCAGGAGGAAGAUGUAUAAUGAACCCUUCCUUGCUAACAGGCAGGCUGUGGCUGAAACUGUGGAAAAGCUCAAGAUGAAGCCUACGAUGAUGAACUUGGUGGAAGCGCAAUUGAUGAACUCAGAUGCCAUUGCACGCCAGGAAGCAAUCAUCUCUUUGGGCGUCCUGGGGAUCCGUAGCCCACAAGUGUUCCACUUGCUCCUAGACAUGCUAGAUGCGGAAAAGAACCAGCCUGUGAAGAAGAGGCUACAAGAAACAUUAAUUCUUUUGGCUUCAAUUGACCCCUGGAUCCAAAACAAGCUGAAGAACAAGGUACUCUUUGUAUAUGAGGCACCUAGGACCAAUGAGAAGGCAGAGCCCACAAGGUUCCGAAAAGAGCCUGUGAAGCCAGAAGAGUUAAAAAUCCAAGACUUCCACCUUGCACAGCUGAACCUGUUUGACGCAAAGUCUAGCACCACGUUGGACCAACAGAAAAAGUUGAGUGCCCAGAAAGGGUUUGCCUCCUACCUCACAUCUGCUUUCCCACCCUGUUUCUCUAAACCACUAAAACAAAAGUCACAGGUCACAGGGCCCUGGACGCCAGAGAUCAGGAGACAGCUCCAGACCCUUGCUAAAACCUCCAAAUAGGCCCAGCCCACACUCUCUCCCUGAGGAUGCUUCUUAGGCUCCCCAGAGAAAACAAUCUAUACUUACCCUACAUGAAUAAAUGAAUGUCACUCUCCCUACCACUGCAGUUCCCUUCAUCAGAGUCUACACUGAAACACAGGUCUCCUCACUCCUGGUUGAAGGUUCCUUCCACUCAGCCACAUGCCCCUUUCAUGAGAAAGAGAGAAGGACAGAGCUAAAGCUGUUCUGGAUGGCCAGCUUGCCUCCCUAAAUUAAGCCCUUGUCUAUGCCUAGAAUUUGAUGACAAAACUAGAGUUGAGCCUAUGCCCAAGAGGGGGCUGCUGAAGGGAAACUAGGAGAAAAUCCUGGAAAGCUUGGCUCUUGGACCAUUUCCUCUUACCAACUUGACCCAUCCCCCACUACUAUCAAUCUAGCUCUUUUAUCCCCACUACCAGUUCUUUGACUUUCAUCACUAAGCUCCUGACUUCCCUGCAUUCUGUUAGUCUGUAUCCCUGUUAGCCCCCUUUCAUUUUUUCUUCCUACUCAGCCUGGACUCCUUCCAUCAACCACUAUCCUUACUAUUCCCAUACCUCCACUAUCACCUCUCUGACUAGUAAAAUCCCUAACUCUAAAUCAAAUUGCCUCUGUUCCUAUAACCAAGUUGCUGACUAAAGCUGGAGAAAAAUCACAAUCGGUACAGACUGGUACCCCCAAAUACUUGCCCCUUCCUUAACUAAGCCCUUAUUCUUGUCUGGCAAUUUUAUGGGUUCCUAGUCAUGAUACUUUCCUAUUUCCCACAAUGGUUAUCUCAAGCCUUCUCUAUCCUCACACUCCUUAAAUCUCCUCAAACUUUCUAUCAUAUUACUUCCCCAAAUCUCAGUAGACUUUCUCUUCAGGGAAAAAAAAAAGACAUCAGAUGGAAUUACCUCAACUUCCUGCCACCUGUUGUAAGCAUCCUCAUAUAUAGUAGUUAAGAGCACAGGCUCUAACGCCAGACGCUUGGGUUAGAAUCCUGGCUCUGUGACUUACUAGAGAUGUGAUCUUGGGCAAGCUGCUUAACCUCUCAGUACCCCUGUUCCUCACUGUACGCUCUGACAAGUCCCUUCCAGUGUCAAUCAAAAUCAUUUACACCAUUCACCUCUUCCAUGAAAGGUUUCCUAUAUCUCCUUGCCUCAUGGCAUUGUGAGAAUUAAGUAAGUUAACAUACAGACUGCUUAUAACAGUGCCUGGCACAUAGUUAUCUCCCAAUAAAUGUCAGUUAUUUGUUAUUACUAUUACAGCAACUGUACCUAUCCUUACCUCCAACCACAAUGCAAGAGGCAUUCUCCUCUUCUAAGGCAAACCCUCCACCAGUGUUCUGGAUGCCAUUCCUUCAAGGGUUUCAACAUCAAUUAUCCCCAUUUCCUUCCAAGCAGGGUACAAACAUGCUCAAUUCUCAUCUAUCUUAAAAAUAACUGCCCACAAACCCCUAUCUCUGUCUUACCUCAUCCCACCUCUAAUCAUCCUUCAUAAUCAAGAUUCUUAAAUAAUUGUCCACAUCACCUGUAUCCAUUUCUCUAAUUUCUAUUAUUCAUUAUCUCACUUCAGUUUGGGUUCAGAAUUCAAUUCUCUACCAAAACUGCUUUUGCUAAGACAGUGGUUCUCAACAGGGGCAAUUUUCUGACUUGGCAAUGUCAGAAGACACUUUUGGUUGUCACAACCAGGGGCUGCUACUGAUGUCUCGUGGUAGAGGCUAGGAAUGCUGCUAAACAUCCUACAAUGCACAGGGAAGCUCCCACAAUAAAGAAUUAUCCAACCCAAAAUAUCAGUAGUACCAAAGUGGAGAAACUCUGCUAAGAUAAUUUACAACCUACAUAUUGCUAAAUAAAUGAGUGCUUUCUCUCCUUUAUAUGAGCUGGCCUGGCCUGAGCACUUGACACCAUUAGCUUUUCCCUCCUUGAAAUCCAUUCUUCCCUGGGGUUGCACUGACACCUCAGUGGCCAUUCCCAGUCUCUUGUUUCAGGAUUCUCUUCUGUUAUCUCUUAAAUAUCAGUAUUUCUCAGGGUUCUGUCCUAGGCUCUUCUCUCUCUACAGUCAUGCAUCGCUUACCAAAGGGGAGACAUUCUGAGAAAUGUGUCAUUAGGUGACUUUGUCAUUGUGCGA